AUGCCUCCUCUUCAAGAAACUAAUGAACGUAUCAAUCAGGCAUACACCAAUGUGUAUCCUGAUGAAACUAAGAAAUCUAACGACGAUUCACAAAGUCAAUUUGUUAUAGAAAUGCGUGGAGAUGAUACAAUACAAGUUCAAAUGUCUGUUGAUAGUGCUCGAGCAUUGGCAGCAUUAUCUCCACGUAUCACUAUUACUUUUCAUAAUGUUUCAAAAGUUAUCCAUGUUCCAGCAAAAAUGAUCGAUCCAUCAUCUAAAGAAAGAUUCAUUCAAUGA